AUGGAGGAAAUUUGUUCCUCGCUUUUUGGUCCAGGUGCUUUAUCUGCUCAUAAAGUACAAUCCACCUUUAUUUGUGGUCCUGCUGAAAAAUCCGCUGUUUUAACUGUAGCGACUCUGCUGGCACGUAAUGUCUACCAUAUUGGUGGCACUGUGGCUGUACCACAAAAAUGCAGGCUUAAGCAAACUGUGGAGCGAUGCAUGAGUGUGAUGCAGUCCGGGACACAGAUGGUAAAGCUGAAGGCAGGAUCCAAAGGGCUUGUAAGACUAUUCUACCUGGAUGAGCAUCGCUCCUGCAUCCGCUGGAAGCCCUCACGCAAGAGUGAGAAGGCCAAGAUCACCAUUGAUUCGCUGUACAAAGUGACAGAGGGCGGUCAAUCAGACAUCUUCCAUCGGCACGCGGAUGGCAGCUUUGACCCGGCCUGCUGUUUCACAGUGUACCAUGGAAACCAUAUGGAGUCCCUCGACCUGGUGACAUCCAAUGCCGAAGAAGCCAGAACAUGGAUAACUGGCCUCCGCUACCUGAUGGCCGGGAUCAGCGAUGAGGACUCGCUGGCCAAGCGGCAGCGUACACACAGCCAGUGGAUGAAGCAGACGUUUGAGGAGGCUGAUAAGAACGGAGACGGUCUGCUGAACAUUGAAGAGAUCUACCAACUUCUCCACAAGCUGAAUGUCAAUCUGCCACGCAGGAAGGUCAAGCAAAUGUUUCAGGAAGCAGACACGGAUGAUCAGCAGGGCACGCUGACAUACGAGGAGUUCUCGGUCUUCUACAAGAUGAUGUCUCUGAGACGUGACCUGUUCCUGCUGAUGAUGGCUUACAGCGACAGGAAGGACCACCUGACUGCGGAGGAGCUGGCCAACUUCCUGCACAAUGAGCAGAAGGUCGCCAGUGUGACUCCAGAGUAUGUUGCAGAAAUCAUUGAAAAGUUUGAGGUGUCUGACGAGAAUAAACAAAGAGGCAUUAUGGGGAUUGAAGGUUUUACAAGUUUCAUGCGCAGUCCAACAUGUGACAUUUUCAACCCCUUGCACCACGAGGUGAAUCAAGACAUGGAGCAGCCCCUCUGUAACUACUUCAUUGCCUCGUCUCAUAACACAUAUCUGACUGGAGACCAGCUUCUCUCCCACUCCAAGACCGACAUGUAUGCCUGGGUGCUGCAGUCCGGCUGCCGCUGCGUAGAGGUGGACUGUUGGGAUGGUCCUGAUGGAGAGCCAAUGGUCCAACACGGCUACACUCUGACCUCCAAGAUACCGUUCAAGUCUGUCAUAGAGACCAUCAAUAAAUAUGCCUUCAUAAAUAACCAGUACCCCGUAAUUCUGUCCAUAGAGAACCACUGUAGCAUCCAGCAGCAAAAGAAGAUUGCUCAAUACCUGCGAGAAAUCUUUGGAGACAAACUUGAUGUGGGAGAUGCAAUGAGCGGAGACUCCAAAACAUUACCCAGUCCUCACAGCCUGCAGGGCAAGAUACUCAUCAAAGGGAAGCGUCUGCCUGCCUAUCUGUCUGCGGACGCCGAGGAAGGGGAGGUAUCCGAUGAUGACAGCGCUGAUGAAAUCGAGGAAGACUUCAAGCUCAAGAGCAGCAACGGCAAUGGUCACCAUCAGGUGGAGUCUCACAUCAGAAAGAAACUGGACUCUCUUUUGAAGGAGUCUCGCAUCGGAGACAAGGAAGAUACCGACAGCUUCAGCAUCCGAGCUCUGCUCCGAGCCACGCACCAGGGCCUUCAGAAAAACCUGCGGCAGAGCUCCAGAGGGGUUCUGAAGAAAUCCCAAAGCAGAUCCUUCAUCACGACACUCAAACAGAAGAGGCACUCCAAAUCCAGGCUGUCAUGCCAAAGCAUGGACAAGGAGGAGGACAGCCAGGAGAGGUCUGGGAGGGAGGCCGGAGGACAGUUCAACAGGGGUGGAAGGAAGAGGAAGACGAUGAAACUGAGUAGAGAUCUGUCAAACCUGGUGGUGUUCACAAACUCUGUUGCCUCACAGGAGUGCCUGAAUGAAGGUACUCCAGGUGACGUUCUGUCAUUCAGCGAGACCAGAGCGCAAUCUCUGGUCAAUCACAGAGCCGAACAGUUCCUGGCUUUUAACCAGAGGCAGCUGUCACGGAUUUAUCCCUCAGCCUAUCGUAUCGACUCAUCCAAUUUCAACCCCCAGUUCUACUGGAACGUGGGCUGUCAAUUGGUUGCUCUGAACUACCAGACAGAGGGCAGGAUGAUACAGCUCAACAGAGCCAAGUUCAUGGUGAAUGGAGGUAGUGGCUAUGUCCUCAAGCCCCUUCCCAUGUGUAAAGGCUCCUUUAACCCGUUCAGUGAUGACCCACUUCCAGCUUACCCGAAGAAGCAGCUCAUUCUCAAGAUCAUUAGUGGACAGCAGUUGCCCAAACCACCAGACUCCAUGCUGGGGGACCGUGGAGAGAUUAUUGAUCCAUUUGUUGAAGUGGAGAUCAUCGGUCUUCCAGUUGAUUGCUGCAAGGAACAGACACGAGUUGUUGAUGACAAUGGUUUUAACCCAGUAUGGGAGGAGACUCUGUCUUUUACACUUCACAUGGCUGAGGUGGCUUUGGUGCGUUUCCUUGUCUGGGACCAUGACCCUAUUGGACGGGACUUUAUUGGUCAACGGACUGUUGCCUUCAGCAGCCUGAUGCCUGGUUACAGACACGUUUACUUGGAGGGGCUGACUGAGGCUUCCAUCUUUGUGCAUGUGUCAGUGCAUGAUGUCUACGGGAAGUGGAGCCCUCUAGUCCUGAACCCCAGCUUUACCAUAAUGCACUUUCUAGGAUCUAACAAGGGUCAUCAGCUGCGAGGUAUCCGGGGUUUGUUUAACCGUUCCUCCAAGUCCUCUGUGGAUACAAACUCCGGUGGCCUUCGAAAACGCUCCAUCAGUGAUCACCUCCUGCGGCGCACAGCCAGCGCCCCAGCAAAGGGGAGGAAGAAGACCAAGAUGGUGUUAUCAGAGUCAGUGGCUUCGAUAUCAGACCAAAAGAAUGGCACAGGUGCAGGGACAGGAGGAGAGGGUGUGUCAGGGAAGGAUGGAGGGGCGGAGAAGCGGCUCCAGCCCCGAGCCCCCCUCAUCCACAGACCUAUCUCCAUGCCCUUAGACAGGCUUCUGCAAGGGCAGCUAUCACUCUGCUCCCCAGACAAGGAACAGCAUGAUAUGGGUGCAGACACAGUCCUUGGAGCUUGCCCCCUCAACAAGCCCAGGUCUUCCUCUGUGGACCUUCUCAUUGAAUCAUGUGCUAUUAAACCAAGCAUCUCUUCCCCUUCUAAGACACAUACAAAUAAGAAAUUCGACCAAUCAGAGGAGGCUUCUUAUCUGGUUAUUGGUGGAGGAGACGUGAGAAAGGAAGAAGACUAUGCCAAUUACCAGUCAGAAGACAAUGGAGUCAACAAAUCAAAGAUCAUCUCAACCGGAACAGAGAAAAACUUUUUGGUCUCACAUUCCACUGAUGACAAGAUGAGAUCACAUAAACCCGAAACAUCAUCAAACAGCACAACAUUCACAGUUGCACCUUCAGUCUCCUCAUCGUCCUCCUCUGCCGCCUCCUCUGUGGCUCCUCUUUCUCCUGUCAGUAUGGACUGUGAUCUGAAGAAUCCCAGCUCUUUGCAUGACAGCACCAUCUCCAGACUCAUUGAUGCUGUGUCCUUAGGCAACGACCACGACACAUGUGGCUCUAUUUCUGCUCUGAUUGGUCAAUUUGAAAGCACUGUUGACCAAAAUGAUUUCACAUCAUUAUCUCAUGAUCACACUCCUUCCCAUCACUUAAACUUCAGGCCUACCGCUCCUAAAGCACUGCAAGAUAUAAGGUCUCCUAUCAAGUCCAACCCAGCCUCUCCUAACAAGGAACACCUUAUAAGUCCCCAACAGGUUGCUCAAAAAACGAAUCCUGUAAAUCGUCAAAUCCUUUCACCACGCAAGAUUUCUCAGGCAGCUACAACUGCUCCAGGCCUCUUCUCCAGCCCAGAAACUGCUGAGCUUGAGGAGGUUUACACCAUUCUGGAUGAGGAGGUGCUGUUGCCUGUAUCAGUGUACAACCUGAGGAAACAAACAGUCCACAUUCAGGCAGACACUAUGGAGAGCAUGUCCUCAAACUGCUUGGGGUCCCCUCCAGCAAAAGUAAUUCAGGGUUUAGGGAAGGGGCACAAUAUGGUUUGGGAUGAAAUGCACAGAAAGACGUGCGUAAGUGAAGGAAUUGAGGCGGCAGAGGAGAGUGUAUAUGAGGAAGUGUAUGAUCCCCCAACACCAGUGCCUGAGAUAGAACAGGGUAAUUCUAAAAGGUACAUGAGCUCCUCUGUAAACGACUGUUUCCAGUUUCUGCAUGACUCACCUAGAAAUGCUUUUGCGGAAGUGGAGAUUAAUGUUGAUGAAGAUCCACUGGAUAUGAUGCUGACCUCACCGAGACAUGGCAGCCAAUGGGAGGGGCUCAUAAGUCCAACCAAACGCCGUGCUAUCUACGAAAACCAUGAGUCCACUCCCAACUACUCCCAACAAAAACAGCCUUCAAAAUACCAUGAUCCCAAACAACAGUACCCAUCACAUGCAUCUCAUGUAGCAUUUUCACAGUGUCCCUCCCCAAUGAACCAACCUUCCUAUCGGCUGUCCAGUUAUGACCAACACCAUAUCAACUCUCAGCCUUCACCAUUCCACAGACCUGUCAACUCUAGACCCUCAAUCCCUAGUCCGCAAUGUCAGAACAGCUAUUGCAUUCCUCAAGGCAACGCUAAGGCCCCUAACAACAGCAGAGACUUCAACAGUUCCUACACACAACAGAGAAGCUAUAGUGGCAGCCAGGUCCUAAACAGGUCUCAUCAAAACAGGCUAGGGUAUAAACAGAUAGAGGGGGAGCAGGUGAGGUGUUUCCACAAUGGUUUCUCCUCUUCUGAAAGCCUCCCUGGCCAUUCUACAGUGUCUAUAAGCAUGUGUAGAGACAGAGGACUAUAUUCCCCCUCUUCAGACUGCAAUGAAGUGUACAGCCACCUGGACUAUGAGUGCAUUACACCCUCAUCAGAGACUUGCCAAAGUCAAACACAAUCACCUACCCUGAAGCAGUCAUGGAAGCAAAAUGUUUCCCUCAUCAAUCGUAGGCACCAGUCACAGCCUGAAACCAGUGUUUCACUGCACUCAAACUUAAGGCCUUUAUCAACUCGUUCCCAGUCUGCUACCAUAGACUCAACAGCCCCCAGCCAAUGUAAGUCCAAAUCCCUUGGGGACCUGACCUCUGAAGACAUAUCAUGCAACUUCAAGAGCAAAUACCACAUUAUUAGUCGCAGUUUCAUCACUCCCCAUAUGAGGAAGCAAAAGAGGAUGGGCACCAUGGGGGAAGUAACUUUCCAAUCACAGUCUUGUGAUCCACUUACAGAGCAGUUACGUAAGCUGGUCAGUCUAGAGGGGGAUGACAGUGACACAGAGAGGCCCCAGUCUCCUCAGUUGGAUCAUGAAGCAAAAUCCCCACUGUCACAGCCCCAAGCAACAAGUAUAGCUCCUAUGGUUCCCAGGGAUGCAGAUGAUUCCCCUCCGCUCCUUACCCGUCGCCUAUCUUCUAGGAGCCAAAGCAGAGUACGUCACAUCAACAGCCGUGCUCGCGAAAGACAGCAAGAGGCUCUAAAGCCUCGGGCAGGAAUGGUGAUCAGUGGUACCGCCAGCAUUGGUGGGGUGGUAUUGAGGAAUAAACCGGCCUCACAGAAUCCACCAGCGAACAGACACUCAACUGGCUCUUACAUAGCAGGCUACCUUGGUCACCUGGAGGACAGGGGACUUCCUGAAGGUGCUUGCACAUCAUUAUGUUAUGGAAAUGGGGAUUAUUAUGGAGAUCGGUACUUUACCGAUGACUCUCUUCCGAAUGCAAACUCCUCCCACUCAGAGUCAGAGCCCGAGGUCUACUUUCUGCUCAGAUUGUAGCUCUGAUACAAACCUAAAAUGAGAUAAAGAAUUAAGCACUGAUUUUUGAUGAUGUUCAAUUACACCAAAAGCCAGAGGAUCAAGGAAAUAAAUAUUUGCCAUUGUUUGUUCCCACGUUCACAGACCAGUAGGUUUCCCUUAAUCUGGGCUAUUUCUAGAAAAAGAUAUAGUCUGUGCAAUAUCAGUGAAACAUCACAUAUAAUCCAUGGUUGGAUCUGACAGCAUGAAUUUCCUGUAUGAAAUUUCCACUAUUCAAUAGUGAAUGGUCUUUCUAGUCUGGCAGUGUUGUCUAUAUUUUGCUUAAUGUGUAAAUGUACUUGGGAACUUUGAUUCCCUCCAAAUGGCUUCCUAGACUGAUUGUACAGAUAUUUGUUAUCUUUGUCCCUGUGAUGUACUGUCCAAACUGCGU